AUGUCUUGGGAACGAAUUCAACAACUUUCCGAUAUGUUAAACUUCCCUAAAACUUCAAUAGAUAGUGUCAUGCUCUUUACACUGGAACGCAAAUUCUGUGAUAUUUUCAUUAGCUUGCAGAGUUUCACAGAUGAACCUAACAUGCUGGAUGUCACUCGGAAAAUCCAAACUCUAUUUCAAGAUGCUGUAUUUGACCUUUCUCCACUGUACCUAACUGAGUACUUUGAUCUCUAUGCCUCUGAGGUUCAAAGCAAGAUUUUAUUGACCAAGAGGGAAAUUAGAGCCAAAUACUCCUUUCCUAAAAUAUCAUUACAACUUCCAGCCAAGUUUGUUAAGGAUAUCAUCCCUUCUGUGCUAGAGAAUAUUGGUGGUCUAGUGAAGAUUCAUGAUCCAUAUUCACCUCUUUAUAUUCCCGAAACAGUAUUGGAACAUAUAGAAGAUGUUUCAAAGGAAUUGAAAUUGCUGCUAAAUUUUGUCUGCUUUGCAGCAGAGAAGUUCAUAGAGCCUCAGAGCCAACAUCAUGUUAAUUUCCUCACUCAUGUUUUAGCUGUGUCCGGCCACAUAUCAACGCUUAUCUGGAUGUAUUUACCAGACUUGGCUCCAGAGCAAAUGAAUGUUAUGCUUUCUGAUUUCUUGCGAAUGAGGAUUAAGCCAAUUCAACCAUGCAUCUGCAAGAUCUAUGUUGAUGUCUUGCUAUCAUUAAAGUCGACAAUACAAUCAGGAUGGUGUACCAACAUCGGAAGUGAGGAUGUAAUUGACAGUGAAGGAUCACUUGGAAAUCCUUCAAAAGAUGCUCAACCUUUUGAGAGCCAAGUUCUUGAUUUGUCACCGAGAGGAGUGAACAUCACACAAGUUCUUGAUUUGUUAAGCAACAUUCAACGUCUAAGCAUAGACAUCUACCUCACCAUUCGGAAGGCGUUCCAAUCUAAUUUGCCUAGGAUUCAUGGACUAGGCUAUGUUGAUUGCCUUUUAAACAACCUGAAGAAGUUCCAAAUCCUCCAGUCAGAUUCACUAGCUUCUGUCAUGGACAAACUUCAAUUACUUCAGAAGGAAUUUGAGAACUUGCAACCUUUUCUACAGGUUGUUGCAGAAGAGCGAAACAAUGACCUCGACGAAAUUCAACGUUGUGCUACACAAUUGAUUGGCAAAGCACAUGAGGUAGAAUACAUAGUUGAUGCUUGUAUAAGCAAAAAAGCUCCUGAACUCCCAUCUUGUUGGUGA